CUCCUAUCUCGAUCCCAUCGCUUUACUUCUUUGCAGCAGCCUUCGCGAUUCUCGAUUCAGAUCGUCACCAUGUCCGGCCGCGGCAAGGGAGGCAAGGGGCUCGGCAAGGGCGGCGCUAAGCGCCACCGCAAGGUCCUCCGCGACAACAUUCAGGGCAUCACCAAGCCGGCGAUACGCCGCCUCGCCCGCCGUGGCGGCGUCAAGCGCAUCAGCGGCUUGAUCUACGAGGAGACCCGCGGCGUACUCAAGAUCUUCCUCGAGAAUGUCAUCCGCGACGCCGUGACCUACACUGAGCACGCUCGCCGCAAGACGGUCACUGCCAUGGAUGUGGUCUACGCCCUCAAGCGGCAGGGGCGGACCCUCUACGGGUUCGGAGGCUAAGCCCUUUCGCAAGCUCGCUAUCAAUGGUGCUCGUGCUUCAAGAUACUAUAACUUUUUGUUUAGAUUUGCACGAAUUAUUUGUUUAGCUCGCUAUGAAGCUGAGAUCCUAAAAUGAAUAGGCCCUUUUGCCGAGCUCUUAUUUGUUGAUCUUUUGAAAGGAGUAGAGUUUCAAUUUGAAUAAUAAAAACUA